GACGACGAAAACAUUUAAAACCGAAUUCGGCCAUUCCUUGAUUCAGGGAACAUAGCCAGCGAAAAGUCUGGUUUCAGCAGGAAGGAAAUCGAGCCCAAAGGAGUUAAUUGAAAAAUGAACAGAGACAAGGAAGAAGAUGAAGAAGAUAUAGUUUGCUUGGAUGAGUCUUUCUUCAUCAAUGACAAUUAUCAGUUGACCACUUUCACUUUUGGCUCUCAAGUUCUUCAGCUUUACUGUCUUCAAGCUGCUUCCACUGAUUUUGAUUUGACAGGGCAGUUGGUAUGGCCAGGUGCCAUGCUUUUGAAUGAUUAUAUCUCACGAAAUGCAGAGGUGCUCCAGGGGUGCUCAGUUAUUGAAUUGGGUUCGGGUGUUGGUGUCACUGGGAUACUUUGCAGCAGGUUCUGCAAAGAUGUUGUCUUGACUGACCAUAAUGAGGAAGUGCUCAAGAUCCUGAAGAGAAAUAUAGAGUUCCAUAAAUCUUCCGAGGAGUUUGAUACUUCUGCUGGCUUAUUUGCUGAAGAGCUGGAAUGGGGAAAUGUUGAUCAGCUCAGCAACAUCUUGCAAAAAUAUACCGGGGGGUUUGAUAUAAUUCUUGGAGCUGAUAUAUGCUUCCAACAGUCAAGUGUUCCUUUGCUUUUUGACACUGUCGAGCAGCUCCUCCGUGCUAGGAAGCAAGGAUGUUGCAAAUUCAUACUGGCAUAUGUAUCUCGAGCGAAGACGAUGGAUUCGAUUGUCAUCCGUGAAGCUAUUCGCCGUGGAAUGUCAAUAGAUGAAGUAGUUGGAACCCGGUCUGUUGUUCAUAAUCUUGAAGGAGUCAUCUUUGAAAUCACCCUUCAAUAGAUAUACUGGGUAUGUUUUUUAGCUCCCAUAAGCAGAAAUUCACACACACACACAUAUAUAUAUGUAAGCAAUGUUUCUUGAAUCUUUUACUGAAGUUCUUGGAAAACAGAAUGCUCUAUAUAUUGUUUGGAUUGGUCAAAA